GAUCCUCAUUAGCCUUCUCCAUUCCUCGAUCGCUGCGCUGUUUCCUUCGCUGAUAACAAGCUGAGCGACCUUUCGAGCAGCAGCAUUGUGUCCCGCUCUUCCCUCCUUCGUUGCCUCUUGCUGCUUGUGGAAAGCACGCGCAGUUUUAUAUCUAUACGCAUUAUUUUGGAUUCACCAUGGGCAAUCUUUUGGGAGCACCAGUGACAGAGAAGGAAACCCACGUUGGUGAAUCCGAGGAUGGGCUCAAGUUCGGUGUGUCGUCCAUGCAGGGAUGGCGUAUUCAUAUGGAGGAUGCUCAUGUGGCAGAGUGUCGCUUAUACGCGGCGGAGCUGGAGGAGACUGCUGGUGCAACCAAUGGCGAAACCAAACCAAAAGAUGGCAACAGUAAGACCUACAAACACAUAGAGCUACCCGGCCACUCCAUUUUCGCUGUCUUUGACGGCCACGGUGGAACAUUUGCUGCUCAAUACUCUGGGCGUAAUCUCUGUCGAGUCCUCUCUCGUCAGCCCAAGUUUGUAAAGUAUGCGAAAUUUAUGGAGGAGCGUGCCGAGAAAGAAAAGCUCUUGACCAAAUCCAGAGAACGAGUGCAAUACAUUACCACUGGUUUGGAAUACAUAGAAGGCGCAUUGCGAGACACCUUUGUGGAAUUGGACAUGGAGAUUGCAUCGGCACUCCAGGGCUCACGUAUUCCGGAGGCGGAUCAACCAUACCAUGAAGAAAAACCACAAGGUGAUGGCGGUGGACCAGCAGGAAUGGACACCAGCGGUGACCCGCAACAAGACGCUCUGUCGGAAGCCGAUUCCACACUCCAGCUUUUGGACAAGGAAGGAGAUUCCGGAACGACGGCGUGUGUCGUAGUAGUAGCUCCUCAAUGGGUGGUUUGUGCCAAUGCUGGUGAUUCCAGGUCCGUGUUUAGCAAGCAUGGGCACAAGGCAGUGCCACUCAGCUACGACCACAAACCCGAUGACGAAGAGGAGGAACGACGGAUCCGAGCCGCUGGGGGAUAUGUGGCCGGGGGCCGUGUGGAGGGUGAUCUAGCUGUCAGUCGAGGACUAGGUGACUUUCGAUUUAAGAAUAUGGCAACAGUGCUCGCUGGAGCAACCGGCCAAAAGGACAAGACUUCAGGCGAUCAAAUGGUCGAACCGGAAGAUCAGAAAGUUUCUCCAGUUCCAGACGUCAUCAUCCAAAACCGUAGCGCAGAUAAAGAUGAAUUCAUCAUUGUCGCUUGCGAUGGUAUUUGGGAUGUGCAGACAAAUUAUGAGGCGGUGAAAUCGGUUGCGGAGAUGUUUGAAGAGGGUGAAUCUAACUUGGGGCUGAUCUGCGAAGAGAUGUGCGACACGUGCUUGAACAUGGGAAGCAAAGACAACAUGACAACUUUAGUGAUAAAAUUUGAAGGCCAACCUGUCGGCAAUGGAGGUGGGGUCACAGCUAGACGACAGCAAAGGGACUCAUCGCAGCCCAAUAACGACAACCAGCAACAACCUUCAUAAUCACCUCCUGCUGGGCAUUCAUUCUAAUCAAAAAUAUACCAUGACAAUUCUGACUUGAUACUGUACCGUA